CUCAUGCUCUGCUCCCUUUCCUCAGCCUAGUUCAAGGUAGCUAGCCUUUCUCGUGCACUCUUCCCCCUUCUCUCACCGGAAGUAUUGGUCAGGUGCAGCCCCACUUCCGACACAUUCGGCCCUUUGAGGCACGCCAUGCUGCUGCUCCAGCACGCCCUGGUGGCUCCGAGGAUGGCCCUGGUGGCUCGGCUCUCCCGGGUCGCCUGGGCCUCCGGGGUGCAGACCCGGGGCCCUGUGAGGCGGGCGCUGUCCCACGGCGUUGGUAGCCAGAGCCACAGCAGCAGCGGCCCCGACAUUUACGACGUGGUCGUCGUGGGCGCGGGCAUCUUGGGCCUGGCGGUGGCUCGGGCCCUGCUGCUCCGCCGGCCGGGCCUGCGCGUCCUUGUGGUGGAGAAGGAGGGGGCCAUAGCGCAGCACCAGACAGGCCACAAUAGCGGCGUCAUCCACAGCGGCAUCUACUACCUGCCGGAAUCGCUGAAAGCCCGGCUGUGCGUUCAGGGCGCGGGCCUCCUGUACGCCUACUGCGACCAGCGGGGCAUCCCCUACCGGCGCUGCGGCAAGCUGGUGGUGGCCGCGGAGCAGGCAGAGCUGCCGCGCCUGCACGCCCUCCACCAGCGGGGCCUGCAGAACAAGGUGCUGGGCCUGCGCCUGCUGUCGCCGCACGACAUCCAGCUCCGCGAGCCCUUCUGCCGCGGCCUGCUGGCCCUCGAGUGCCCCUCCACGGGCAUCGUGGACUACGGGCGCGUGGCCGCCGCCUUCGCCGAGGACAUCCGCGAGGCGGGCGGCUCCAUCUGCACCAACUUCGAGGUCAGCCGCCUGGACUUGGCCCACGACUGGCCCGAGGUGCCCAUCGUGCUGCAGAGCAUCUGGGGCGCCCACGUGCAGGCACACUUCGUGGUCACCUGCGCGGGCCUGCAUUCGGACCGCGUGUCCCAGCUGAGCGGCUGCAGCCCCGAGCCGGCCAUCGUGCCCUUCCGCGGGGACUACCUGGUGCUCCGGCCCGAGAAGGCCUUCAUGGUGCGGGGCAACAUUUACCCCGUGCCCGACCCCCGCUUCCCCUUCCUAGGGGUCCACUUCACGCCCAGGAUGGACGGCAGCGUCUGGGUCGGGCCCAACGCCGUCCUGGCCUUCAAGCGGGAGGGCUACAGCCCGCUGGACUUCUCGGCCCAGGACACGUGGGACUCCCUGCGCAACAGCGGCCUGGCCCGCCUGGCGCUGCGCCACGCCUUCUUCGGCGCCGGCGAGCUGUACCGGGCCCUGUCCCUCACGGCCACGGUCCGGCAGCUCCAGAAGCUGCUGCCCGAGAUCACCGUCAGCGACGUCCAGCGGGGCCCGUCCGGAGUCCGGGCGCAGGCCCUGGACAGCCUCGGAAACCUGGUGGACGACUUCGUGUUCGACGGAGGGGUCGGGGGCCUGGCUUCCCGCGUGCUCCACGUGAGGAACGCCCCGUCCCCCGCGGCCACCGCCUCCCUGGCCAUUUCCGAGGUGAUCGCGGACGAAGUGGAACGCAGGUUUAAGUGGUGAAAGACCGAGGCCCCCUCGGGAAAGUGACUGGUUGUUCUUAAGGAAAAGAGGGGCGCUAGUUAAGCCUUGGGAGAAUAUUAAAAUGUGAAACGCGUGCUAUGGAAGGCUGUUUUGUAAUAGAAAAGACCUGUGAUCCUUUUAAAAAUUUUAUAUGAAACCCGCUGAACGCUUGCAGUCGUACAAUUGUCAGUGAUCACUAUGCAGUUGCUUGUGGCUAAUCAGAAGGCGGUUUGAUUUGAUUUUUGUUUAAGGCUCUGUGUUAAAUAGGGGGAUCCUCUCCCCCUUCUCCCCCCAACCCCCCCAACCUCCGAGCCUUCCAGGAGGUCACAUUCUGAGGAGGAGGAGGAAAGCUGCGUAAAUAAGUGCGGAGCAGGUGGAAGGUAUCCAAGAGCCUGGCCCGGACCCACCCGAGCAGAGGCGAGUGGGUGGGGGGCUGGGCUGUGAGGUGCGGAGCGGGAAGGAGGAGCUGCACCAGCAGGAGCUGCACCCGGGCAAGGUCCGGGACUUGGAGAAGAGCAAAGGGCAGGGGCGAAGGACUUUAGACGCCAAAUGUACCUUUGCGUUUAGCCUUAGAGGUGAUAGGGAGCCCCAAAGCUGUUGGUUAGGUGGGUGAGACAGCCAGACCUCUGCUUCAGGGAAAUCACAGGCUGCCGCAGGAGGGAUCAGGGAGGAGAGAGACAGGGAGACUUUAGGAGGCAAUUGCAGCCAUCCAGGUGGGUUUAUAAAGAAAAGUAGGAGAUAGGCAGGAGACAGACAGGUUAGGAAGGUAGAAAGCACAAUAUGCGUAAACAGAUGGCAAAUAUGGAGUGCGGGCUUCAAACACGGCACCGAGCUUGUGGGCCUGUAGGGCCUUCAGCAGCAGAAAUAGGAAAGUUUGAGAGGUGAGGGACAGAAGAAGCUCUGUUGUGGACGUGUUGAACUUGAAUGGGCCAUGCUAUUGCAAUCCCAUAAUCCUUUUAGGGAAGUGGAGCAUUCCGCGGAGUUUUGCUUAAAGCCAUUUUUAUGUAAAUCCAGCGUGCCCCCAGAAGUGGAGGAGGAAAGCAGGGAGGCAGGCAAAGGGGGCACUCAUCUGUCCAGGGAGAAGGCCGGUUCCUGGCUCAAGGAUACGGUGACAGAAGCCAGAGCAGAAAAAGGAAGAUAGUCACAUGGUCCUGGAACAUUCCGGGAUGGAAAAUAGGGGCCAGAUACGGGGGCAGUGAAUAAGGUCACCUCUGGGUGGUCUCCAUCCAACCUCCCUCUCCCCUUGUUGGUCACUGCCUCUGGGUACUUUUUUGAGGGGAAGGGGCAGGCUGCAGAGUGCCUAGUAGAAGGGAAGCAGCAAAGGAAGAGCACAGCACUGUGCAGUAGUUAAAAUAGAUUUUGGGGGAAUGUAGAUGCCUUUCAAAAUUCUUUAUGUGUAUAAUGGGAAUUUGCGAAAAGUGAGAAUUGUCUGUAUAUGCAUAUGUAUCAUAUACAUAAUGCUAAUAAGUCUUCAAGCCCUUCCCUAACAACAGUGGUAUGGGAGUGGAAAAGGGUGGAAUAAACAAAAAGUUAGGUUAUUAUUUAAGUAUCCUUAGUGGAUUCAAAAUGUGGGUACUGGCUCCAACAAUACCUACAUAAUCUUUCCAUGGCCCCUAUUCCUGUAUACCUCUUGUUCAUAUAUUCCCACAGGGAAGCUGCCUUGAGGUGAUGUAAUAGAUAGAACUGUGGAUCUGGAGUAAAAACGAGUUCAUCCUGACUCAGGACACUUACUAGUUGGGUGACAGAGCACUCAAUCUCGAGCCUCAGUUUCUUUAUCUCAGUGGGGAUAAUAGUACUCCCCCCAAAUAUAUGUAGGGCUUUUUUCCCAAAGUUUUUCCAGAAGGUAAUGUGAAAUAUUAGAGAUAGAGCUAUAUAGGAAUUAUGCUAUCCUAUGAAAAAAAAGGAAAUUAAACCGGUUGGGUGAGUUGGUAUAACACCAGCAAGGAAGUUUAACAUUUUCCCCCUAGAUCAAGGUUGUUGAGCUCCCCUCAUGUGGCUACCAUAUGUUGAGUGUAUUCAGGCCUGCUUCAUAUUUCAAUGCCUUUUUUUUUUUUUAACCUUUAACCUCGAUAAGAAAUAUAAUGGUCCAGUAUCUGAGUCUAGUUAGACAAAUAGAUGCCUCUGAAUGCAGUUAAAGUAAGUCAACAUACCACUCUCUUAAGGUCUUUCUAUAUUUGCAGUACUAUGGGGAGACAAAAGAAGCGAUUAUAAGAUGAUGCUUCUGCUGUCAAAUAACUGCUUUGAAAAGCAAGUGAACAGAUGGAAAUUAAUAUUAAUUUAGAUAACAGGUCAAUGAGAUGUCACAAGACUGGCUAAUUAUAAAAUUACUUUGUUGUGCUAUUAGAGUUCAGAAUAGGGAGAGAACUUCAUUUUGGGAUGGUCAAGAUAGGAGAGAGAGAAGAGGCAGACUUUAUGCUAGAUUGGAUUUCAUGUAAUUCACCUAUCUGAAGAAUAGUGGUCCUCAACUGUAAUUGGAAAGUUCACAAGGUGGGAGAGAGAAACUCUGUUUUGGACUCAUUAGGCCACAUUGAUAUUAAUUACAUCCACAUACAUACAUGUAUAUAUACACUAUCUAACAAUUACAAAGUAAUGGAGGUGGGAGAGGUGUACAGAAACCUUGGAGAUACCAACUUUUCCCAAACUACUCAUUUUACAAAUAAGGAAAUUGGGAUUCUGAUGCAUCAAGUAACUUGGUAGAAUACAUUUAGAGCUGGAAGAGACUUUUAAAGGCCAUUUUUAAUCUGAUAUUCUCUCCCUGCCUUACUUUACAAAUGUUUAAAGUGAACCAACAAAACAUGUUUUCCACUAGAUUAUGAUUUAUUCAGCAUCUACUUUGAGCAAGAUACUUCUAGGGCAUUGAAGAUCAAUUUUUAAAAAAUGAUUUUUAAUGAUUUAAUGAUUUUUUUUUAAUGAUUCUGCCCUCAAAAGAGUUUACAUUCUACUUGGAAGGGGGAAGCAAGUGAGAAAUUUCAGAAGUAGAUCCAGAUAAGGAAAAAGGAAUAAGUAUUUGUUAAGUACCCACUAUAUUCCAGUCACUUUGCAAACAUUAUCUUUUAUCCUCAUAACUUUCCUAGAAGUUUGGUUGCUUGUGUUAUCUCUAUUUUAUAGUUGAGAAACUGAAACAAUUGAGAUGAAGUGAUGGCCCAGCAUCACACAGCUAGUUAGUAUCUAAAAUUGUGUUUGAAUUUGGGUUUUCUUAGGUCCAGCACAAGACACUGCACCACCUAAGUGGCUCUAAAAGAAGUAUAAAACCAGAUAGGAAGCCCUGGGGACACAGGUAGACAAUUUGAGGAAAACACCCACCUUCAGAGGUGGUAGUGGGGGAAGGGAGAGGGAAACUUUGCAAAAGCUUGAGACCAUAUACUGGAUUCUGCAGACUAAGAUCUGGCAACCCUCUACCAUGAUGAAGAUAAAUGUGGAAGUGUAAUCUCCAAUACCCCCCACCCCCAAGGGAUCUGAGAAGGGGCCUGCAUCAGCAACAGCUAGGGAACACAGAGGUCCCCCACCUGUUACUCUUCUUCCUAAAAAGGAAGGGUAAGGAGAGACCAGUUGGGUUUAGGAUCUGAGAUGAAACAAAUCCUCUCCCCUCAGCCAGUGAUAGGCUGCGUUGGAAUAUCUAUCGCACAGUCCCAAGGACACGGCUAUAUUUAGCAGAAAAAUAACAUGAAGGCAAUUAGAAGAAGGUAGUUUUAACAUUUGUGUUUGCUGGUGUGCCUGAGCAAACACUUCUGUGCUGCUUUAAGAAUUACAAAAGGGGAGUGGGGUGGUGCUGCAGUUAGGUGGAGCAGUGGAUAGAUCACCAGUCCUGAAGUCAG